UAUUACUCCUUGCUUUAGCAGUGAACUAGGGAAUUUAGGCAUCAAUCAAUAUACAGUUCUUAGUGUGCUAGUAACUAUACUAUUGUACUAAUUAAUCAUGAAGAUAUUACCUCAACAACAAUCUCUUCUGCUUUUGUUUUCCAUCCUCUUAGUUGGCAUUAAUGCAGACGAAGAGGCAGAUUACAUGUCUAAACUUUUAAAAGCAUUGACCCCAACUCCUACAGGUUGGUCUCACAAUGUCUCCUAUUGCAAUUGGAACGGUGUCGUUUGUCGAUCCAGACGAGUUAUCUCCAUCUCUCUCCCAUCAAGCUCACUCUCCGGGGUACUCCCUCCCGAUCUCAGCUCUCUAGCAAAUCUCACCCACUUGGAUCUCCACAACAAUUCACUCACUGGUGCUGUGCCUGAUAUGUUUGGCGUCUACGCAAUCCAAACUGUGUACCUUGGUCACAACAACUUCAACUUAAUUCCAGAGGGUUGGUUUGGAGGGUUACGAUACAAUGCAGAUUUACAAACACUCAACCUUAGCAAUAACUUGAAUCUCUUGCGAUGGUUACUUCCUACAGAUUUAAGCGGGUUCUCGUCGUUGCAUACUCUUGAUCUUGAAGCUACAAAUAUCAUAGGUUUCUUGCCGUCUGACAUGUUUGAUAUGUUUCCAAAUUUGAAUACUGUUUUUCUUUCUUACAACAACAUAACUGGAACUCUGCCUCCGAAUCUUGGGAAAUCUAAAGUAAGAUAUUUACGGCUCAAUGAUCAGGGGACAUGGAAUGGAUUUACAGGUACAAUUGAAGUAAUAUCAUCCAUGAAGUUUUUGUCUCAAGCUUGGCUUCACAACAACUUGUUCUCGGGUCAGAUUCCAAAUAUGUCCAAUUGCACUUAUUUGUUUGAUCUCCAACUUCACUCAAAUUCCUUAUGUGGUUUAGUUCCACCUUCGUUGUUCGCUCUCUCUACUUUGAAAAACAUAUCUUUGGACAACAAUCUACUUCAAGGACCAAUACCUGUGUUUCACAAAGGUGUUAAGGCAACUUGGGAAAAUAAUUCCUUUUGUCGAAGUGAUGUUGGACCUUGCGAUCCUCUGACUACAAUUUUUCUUGAUAUUUUAGCAGAUUUUGGGUUUCCUGUUAUUUUGUUAAAUAGUAGCAACGGAGAUUGCAUCGGUGGGAUAUUGACUACGUGUCAAAGAGGGAAGGUUGUGGGCAUUGAUAUGGAGGAUCGUCAAUAUGGUGGAACUAUCUCUCCUGCAUUUUCCAAAUUAAAAAGUUUAGUGAACAUAACUAUUGGUGGUAAUAAUUUGACAGGUUCAAUACCACACAGUCUAACAACUUUGCCUCAACUUCAGCUUCUUGAUGUUUCCAAUAAUAAUUUAUCAGGACAAAUUCCCAAAUUUUCAUCCAAGGUGAGGUUAAUUACAAGAGGCAAUCCCUUACUUGGGAGAGACAGUGGAGGAGAAAAUACAACUGCUUCUGAUCAAGGAGGCCCAUCUAGAAAAUCAUUUAGACCACUCGGGAUUGCAGGGGCAGCAAUAUUUAGUGUUGGAAUUGUAAUAUUUAUUGUGAUUAUUAUCUGUAAAUAUAAGAGGUAUCAUAUUUUGUUAAAAGGAUUGAUCUUCAAGAAAACAAUCAAAUUUCCUGACGACAAUGUGGAGGAUUUUAUACAAAGUUAUAAUUUAUCAGUGGCAAAACAAUAUAGAUAUGCAGAAGUGAAAAGAAUGACAAACUCUUUCCGAGAUAAAUUAGGUCAAGGAGGAUAUGGGGUUGUUUACAAAGCAAGAUUACCUGAUGGUCGUCAAGUAGCAGUUAAAGUAAUAAACGAAUCUAAGGGAAAUGGAGAAGAAUUCAUAAAUGAAGUUGCUAGCAUUAGUAGAACAUCACAUGUGAACAUUGUCUCACUUUUGGGUUUUUGUUAUGAGAACAAAAGAGCACUAAUAUACGAAUUCAUGUCCAAUGGUUCACUAGAUAAGUUCAUUCAUAAAAGUGGAUUUCCUGAUGUUACUUGUAAUUUGGAUUGGGACACAUUGUACCAAAUUGCAAUUGGAAUUGCUCGAGGAUUAGAGUACCUCCAUCAAGGAUGUAUUUCAAGGAUUUUACAUCUUGAUAUCAAACCCCAAAACAUUCUUUUGGACGAAGACUUUUGUCCAAAAAUAUCUGAUUUUGGACUAGCUAAGAUAUGUCAAAGAAAGGAUAGUAUUGUGUCCAUACUUGGCACCAGAGGGACUAUAGGAUUCAUAGCUCCUGAAGUAUUCAGCCGAUCGUUUGGUGGUGUUUCUCACAAGUCUGAUGUAUAUAGCUAUGGCAUGUUGAUUUUAGAAAUGAUAGGAGGCAGAAAGAAUUAUGACACUGGAGGGUCAUGUAGUACUGCUGAAAUGUACUUUACAGACUGGAUUUAUAAGGAUCUUGAGCUAAUUAGUAAUAAGCAUGUGAAUGACUUAACAAACCUAGAGGAAGAAAAUGAUAUGGUAAGAAAAAUUAUUAUGGUUAGUCUAUGGUGUAUCCAAACAAAUCCAUCAGACAGACCAUCCAUGAGUAAAGUAAUAGAAAUGCUACAAGGACCACUUGAGUCAGUACCAUAUCCUCCGAAGCCUUUAUUAUAUUCUCCUGAAAGACCACCGUUACAAACUUCAUAUCUAUCUUCGAACAAUUUGUUAGAGACAAAUUCAAUAUCUUUACUGAAGAAUAAUUCCAUAAAAUCAAAUUAGUUUAUCAACGAUAAUAGUGAAAAUGUGAUUAUAAUGUAAUAAUUAUAGUGUGAGUACAAAAAUUUGCACAUCCUUUGGUUGAACUUCAAAACCUAUUGAUUUAUUUCUAGUGGUAAAUUUCUUGGUACUAAUAGUCUUUAAGUGAUAUGCUAAUUACCGGAAAUUUUCAGUAUAUUCAUAUUUUUUCUAUAUAUGUAACUAAGUGUUUGCUUAUUUCAACCAUAGUGUAUAUGUUUAUCAACCUCAUAUGGGAAGGUCA